AUGUGCUGUGAUUGUGAAAGUGGUAUGAUUAUAAACCUACAGAUGUACUGUGGAAAGUGCGACAAGAAGGAAGAAAAUAAAGGAUUUCAGGUGACGAUAGAUAUGGUAGCUCCGCAACUGUGUAUGGGAAACUUAAGAUUGGCACAUUAUUUGGCUCAAUAUGGUUCAACAUUGCUUGGGACUGUGCGAAAAAACAGAGUUGAGGUACCAGAAGAAGCCAAACAAAUCAAACAUUAUGACCCCAAUGAUGAUAAGAAGGCUACUACAAGAGAGGCAGAUUCAACGGAAGUGUGUACAAAGGGUGUAUGCAAAUUGGUUUCUUACUAUAACGAAAAGAAGAAGUUGGUGCUCAUUAUGACGACGAUGCAUAAUGCUAAAGAGUUGUACACAGUUCAGGAGCAAGUGAGGGGAAAGGAUGGCAAACUUGUGAGUGUACACAAACCAAAUGUGAUAAAACAAUACAAUGCGACAAUGGAAGGUGUUGAUAGUGCAGAUCAGAUGAUACAUACUUACACUUGUAGAAAGCGCACUUCAAGAUAA